AUGGCCGAGAUCCGCCGCAAGCUUGUCAUCGUGGGCGAUGGUGCCUGUGGUAAAACUUGUCUUUUGAUUGUUUUCUCCAAGGGCACCUUCCCUGAGGUCUACGUCCCCACCGUCUUCGAGAACUACGUCGCCGAUGUUGAGGUCGAUGGCAAGCACGUCGAGCUCGCUCUUUGGGAUACUGCUGGUCAGGAAGAUUACGACCGUCUCCGUCCUCUUUCAUACCCCGACUCUCACGUCAUCUUGAUCUGUUUCGCGGUUGACUCGCCAGACUCCCUCGACAACGUCCAGGAGAAGUGGAUCUCUGAGGUUCUCCACUUCUGCCAGGGACUUCCCAUCAUCCUUGUUGGCUGCAAGAAGGAUCUCCGUCACGACCCCAAGACCAACGAGGAGCUGCAAAAGACCUCCCAGAAGCCCGUUGCCUCCGAGCAGGGCGAGGAAGUCCGCAAGAAGAUCGGUGCCUACAAGUACCUCGAAUGCUCUGCACGAACCAACGAGGGUGUUCGCGAAGUCUUUGAGUCUGCCACUCGCGCCGCCCUUCUGACCAAGAGCCAAAAGAAGAAGCCCAAGUGCUCUAUCCUGUAA